AUGGAGACGAAAAAGCAUUGGUUAUAUAUCUACAACAGAUCUCCGCUCACAGCCCCCUCCAGAAACGGCCCACGACCGGCAACCGGAAGACUGCGCCCACCGGAAUGGUUAGACGCGAGUGCGCAGUGCAGUGCGAUACGGUGCAUAUGUAGUUUUGCAGAAGUGUGCGUGACGCUGCGCUGGGUUUUUCGCGUUUUAUUCACGCGUCGCUUUUUAGAGUUUUCUGUGGUGUUCCUUUUCUGCUUCUCGUCCAGCUCAAGAAGAUACUCCUCCAGUACCAUGGCUAGGAAAGACAAGUUUGCUGCCUACAGAGCUGCUCGAGCCGCCAAAUCCUCAGCUGCAGCCUACGAGGACCCAGAGUUCGAGAGCAUAUACGAGGAGGUCGACGAGGAGACCUUUCGUGAGCGAAAAAGAGCACAGCUCCUAGAAGACAAUUUUAUCGUCGAUGACAAUGGUGAGGGCUACGCUGAUAAUGGCCUUGACGACUGGGACGACUCCACACGACCAAGAUACCACUCGGAUUUGGACGACGACAAUGGCAGCAACACCAGCGAAAUUGAACAGCUCGAUGAAAAUGGGCCAGGAAAACAAAUCAAGAAAAAGAAAAUCAAGAAAACAAUGAGGAUAAACCACUUUUUCAAACCUGAUUCUCUCAAGAGCACUAAACUCAAAAAGCACAAAUUGUACAAUAUCGACAUCAACGACAUUCUAAAUGAUUUCACCAAUGAACUCCCUAAUCAUGCUACUGAUUUUGAUAAUAAUUUCGAUAAUAACAUGGACCUUGAUCUUCCGUUUGAUGAUAAUAAUAAUCAAGAAAUCAAACCAGUGUUCAAAUCUGAAAUUAAAUCAGAACCAGAUAUCGAAUCUGAUAGCGACACCAAAAUCAAACUUCCUCAAUUGAAAAGAAACUUCCAACUGCUUUCAAAACUCAAAUUGGAAAAAAAUUCAAAUAAUGAUAACAAAACUUCUACUAUAAAAGCUGAAGAAGAAGAAGACGAUGAUGAUGACUCGUCUGACGAUAACACUGUUGUAUUGAGAAAACCAAGAAGAACAACUGCAAAAAUAAACAGAUCAAUCAACCUCAAUUCUGUCAGAACUACAAUAUCUACACCAUGCCAUUUAAAUAACUAUAAUGUCGACCUAAACCCUUCCUCUUCUCCUUCAAAAUCAGUCAUCUACUCUUCCCCUUCUCAAUCUCAAUCUCAAUCUUAUAAAUUCGAAGAAGAUGACAUAAUCGACGAAAAUAACACCUUCAAAAUGUAUUGGCUAGACUAUGCUGAAGCUAAUGAUGGCUCUUUAUUACUAUUUGGUAAAAUUCCUUCAAAUAAAUCCACUUCUCAAUUUGUAUCCGCUGUUGUUCAAAUUAAUAAUAUAUGUAGAGAACUCUACUUUCUACCAAAACAAUCUAAAAAAACAAACGAUAAUGAUAAUGAUAAUAAUAAUGAUAAUGAUAGUGAUAUUCACCAAGAAAUUGUUCCCUUAUUACUAGAAAAAUACGGUCUUGAAACUAUUAGAGCUAAACCAGAACUCAUGAAAUACUGCUUUGAAAAAGCUGAAAUUCCCAAAGAAACUGAAUACUUAAAAGUCCUUUUACCAUUUCAAGCUCCUCAAAACAGAAAUGUCAUUAUCCCCAGUGACCUUGAAGGCAAAACUUUUUCUGGCGUUUUUGGUGCAAACAAAUCUCUCUUUGAAACUUUCAUUCUACAAAAAGAUGUCAUGGGUCCAUGCUGGUUGGAAAUAUCAAAUCCUGAUUUCGAUUCAUUAUCAAACAUAUCUCAUUGCGCAAUCGAAGUAUCCAUAUCAAAUCCAAAAUACAUCAACACUAUCGACAACACAAAACAAAAAUCCUUAAACUUAUCCUCCCCUCCAUUGAACUGUAUUUCAAUAUCCGUUCAAACUAUCAUGAACUCAAAAGACAAUAAACAAGAAGUUGCUUCUGUAUCUUUUGCUGUUUUCAAAAAUUUGCCUCAAGACCAACCAAUCGAUGAAGACUUGAAACCUGAUGAAAUUUUAACACUUAUCAGACCUGUUGGUGUUUUAAAAUCGGUUUUACCCCCGGGUCUACAAAAUAUCGCUAAUAAACAAAAUUUCCCACUAAGAACUUUCAACAAUGAAAAAACUCUACUAAGCUGUCUUUGUGCUUUAAUCAAAAAAAAUGAUCCAGACGUAUUCAUCGGUCAUCGUUUGGAAAACGUUUCUCUUGAUGUUCUCAUGCAUAGACUAAAUGAUUUAAAAGUUCAAAAUUGGUCCUUUUUUGGCCGUCGUAACAGAAAGGUUUGGCCCGAUUCUUUCAAUCGCCGUAACCGUAACCUGUCAAGUAUAUUUCAAUUAAGAGAAGUCUUUCAAGGAAGAUUACUCUGUGAUAUUGCUAAUGAAUUGGGUCAAUCUUUAACACCUAAAUGCCAAUCCUGGGAUUUAAAUGAAAUGUACGAAAUUGUUUGUAAUAAAAAACACAGCGUUUUGGACUACAAUUUAAAUGACUCAAAAUAUUCAGAAGAUCCAAAUUAUUUAUUAAUGGCAUUGAGAGAAAAUAUUGAAAACAUAAGAAUAUCUGCCGCCAUUGCUUUUGAAAUUCAAAUUUUAUCUUUAUCUAAACAAUUAACCAACAUUGCUGGAAAUUCAUGGUCUCUUACAUUAAAUGGUACUCGAGCUGGUAGAAAUGAAAGUAUUCUUUUACACGAAUUUACAAGAAAGGGAUAUAUUGUUCCUGAUAAAGAAUCACUUUGGCAAAGAAAAAAUAAUGCUGGACAAAAUCGAGUUGAUGACAACAAUCCUGUUGAAGAUAAUGAGUCAAACCAAAUUUCAACAAAUAAUAGAAAAUCUAAAUUUCAAGGUGGUUUGGUUUUCGAUCCAGAAAAGGGUCUUCAUAAGAAUUAUAUAUUGGUUAUGGAUUUUAAUUCUCUUUAUCCAAGCAUUAUUCAAGAGUUUAAUAUUUGUUUUACCACAGUUGACCGAGAUGAAUAUAAUACAACUUUUAACGAUGAAAAAUUACCAGAAUAUCCUUCCAACAAUGAGGAACAAGGUGUUUUACCAAAAUUAUUACACACUCUAGUUAGCCGUCGUCGUGAAGUUAAAAAGCUAUUAAAAAAUCCAAACAAUACUCCUUUUGAAAAAAUGCAGUAUGAUGUUAGACAACAGGCUUUGAAAUUGACAGCAAAUUCAAUGUAUGGUUGUCUUGGUUACGUCAAUAGUAGAUUUUAUGCUAAACCUCUUGCUAUGUUGGUGACAAAUAAAGGUAGAGAAAUUUUGAUGGAUACCCGUCAAUUAGCUGAAUCGUUGCAUCUCAGAGUUAUCUAUGGUGAUACCGAUUCUGUAAUGAUUGAUUCUGGUGCUCAAGACUAUAAGGAAGCAUUGGUAACUGCUGAAAACUUUAAGCAAAAAGUCAAUGAGAGAUAUAAUUUAUUGGAGAUUGAUACUGAUAAUGUUUUUAAAAGAAUAUUGUUGCAUUCAAAGAAAAAAUAUGCUGCUCUCAAUGUUAUUUCCUUUAAAAAUAAUGUUUUAAAGACCAAUUUAGAAGUAAAGGGUUUAGAUAUGAAAAGAAGAGAAUAUUGUCCAUUAUCUAAAGAAGUUUCUACAUUUGUGCUUCAAAAGUUACUAGAGUCAGAAGAUGACUCAGAUCAAAUUUUGAAUGAGAUCUAUGAAUAUCUUGAAGAAAUAACGAAAAAAAUUAAAAAUAAUGAAUUCAGAGUUGAUAAAUAUAAAAUUAAUACCAAAUUGUCUAAAGAUCCCAAUAACUAUCCAAAUGGUGCUAAUAUGCCUCCAGUUCAAGUAGCUUUGAGGUUACGAAAAAGUGGUUCAAUCAUCAAAGCUGGUUCUGUGAUAACAUAUGUUAUUACUGAGGGAGAUGCUCUUUCUCCUGCUGAAAGAGCUAGACCUUUAAAAGAGAUGUUGGCAAAAAAUUCAAAAUAUAUACCAGACUCAAAGUUUUAUCUUGAAAAACAAAUCAUGGCUCCAAUUGAGAGAUUAUUAGAAAAUAUAGAAGGUGUUGAUAUUUUUAGAUUAGCCGAAACAUUAGACAUUGAUCCAAGAAAAUAUCAGAUGAGAUCAAACAAUUCUGCCUCUAAUCCAUCAGAAUUGCAACCUUUAGACUAUAAUUUGACGGAUAAAGAAAGAUUUAAAGAUGUUGAAUAUUUAAACUUAAAUUGUGCAUAUUGUCAAACCAAAUUUCUUUUUGGAGGUAUUAUGGCUUCUCUACAUUAUCAAGUUACCUUUAGUGGUAUAAAAUGUUCAAAUUGUGAAAAGGUAUUACCAACUUUAAUGAUUACAUCUCAACUUGAAAGAAUAAUCAGGUCAUUUAUAUCAUUGCAUUAUGCUGGAUGGUUAGUUUGCGAUGAUCCAGCCUGUGGUGUGAUAACAAGACAGAUAUCUGUUUAUGGAAGGCGAUGUAUUGGCUUGUCAGGAAGAUCUCAAGAUUGUCGUGGAAUCAUGAGCUAUAGGUUUAAUGACAAGCAAUUAUAUACACAGCUAUUAUAUUUUGACUCCAUUUUUAAUGUUGAGAAAAACAAAAAGCGUGAAUUGAAACCACUUGAUGAUGCUGAUACAUCUAGUGAUAAAGGUCCGGAGCUGUUGUCUUCUGGUCAAGUAGUGGCUCUUGCUGAACAAAAUAGAGAGUUAUUUGAGGUUAUUAGAACUGUCACUCAGAAAUAUCUAACUAAUAAUGCUCGUCGUUAUGUUGACAUGUCUGGAAUAUUUGGUUUUAUGAUACCUGAAGAGGAGGAGGUUAAUUAG